AUGCACGAAUUAUCACAACAAUUAGACGAAGCUCGUGAUCAACAAGCCGCCUCAAAGCGUUAUUUAGACGCAGCCACUCGUAAAUUGAGGAUGCAAAUCUUACAAGAUGCUGAUGUAAUUUGUUCAACAUUAUCGGGUUCAGGUCAUGAUUAUAUGUCACAAUUACCAUUCGAUUUUGAAACAGUAGUGAUUGAUGAAGCUUGUCAGUGUACUGAACCAGCUUCUCUGAUCCCACUUCGGUACAAUGCCACUCAGUGUAUAUUGGUUGGAGAUCCACUUCAAUUACCACCGACUGUACUAUCACAAGCGGCUUCGAAAGCAGGAUACGACCAAAGUCUAUUCGUGCGUAUGCAGCGCUUUGCUCCUACUGCGGUACAUUUGUUAAGUAUACAGUAUCGUAUGCACCCUGCCAUCAGUGCUUUUCCCAGUAAAGCCUUCUAUGAUUCGCGAUUAAUGGAUGGACCCGAUAUGGCGAGUAGAACUACCCAACGAUGGCAUACCGAGGAUACGUUUUUUCCACCAUAUACAUUUUAUCAUCCCAUUGGAGCUCGUGAAGAGAGAGGUCGACAUCACUCUUUUAUCAAUCGAACCGAAGCAGGCAUGACAGUAGCCAUUUAUUCCAGGUUGACCAGGACAUUUCCUGAUAUCGAUUUUGCAUAUCGAGUUGGGAUCAUUACGGCCUAUGCAGGUCAAGUAGGAGAAAUCCGAAGACAAUUUCGUCAAUCCUUUCCUGCUGAUGUAGUUUCUACUUUAGAUAUCAAUACAGUUGAUGGAUUUCAAGGACAAGAGAAAGAUAUAAUUAUCUUAUCUUGUGUUCGUGGUGGAAAAGAUGAUGAUAAUGGGAUUGGUUUUUUAAAGGAUACACGUCGAAUGAAUGUAGCUUUAACCAGAGCGAAAUCAUCUUUAUUUGUGAUUGGGAAUCAAUCGGCGUUGGUACAGGAUAAAAAUUGGAAAGCAUUGAUUGAUGAUGCAAGAGAGAGAGGAACGUUUUCUGAGGUUCAUUUUCAAUCUUACAUCUCGAUUUUGAUUUUUAGAAUAUACUAUAACUGA